UCAACAGAACAACAAAAAUGAUGAUUUGAAAAAAAAGAAUGCCAAUUUUGACAAAUAAUAACAACAACAGCAACCAUCAUCAUUCAAUUGAACAACAUUCGAAUUUUUCAACAUUGAAUAAAUCUAUAACCGAAACAGAUAUGGCUGAAACAUCGACAACAACAACGUUUAAUAAUAAUAAUAAUUCAUCAAUCAAAUAUGAAUUAUCUAAUGAUAAUCAUCACCACCAAAAUAAUGAUCGUUCAUCACCAUUAUCAUCGAUGAAAAAUAAUAAUAAUCAUUCAACAACAACAACAACAAAUAUAUCAGCAUCAGAUGCAUAUGAUGCACAUGUAUUAUUAUCAUUACGUUCAGCACCUGCAUCACCAUCAUCAACACAACCAUCAAUAAAUUGGUCAAUGAUAAAUAGAAAUAAUCAAAACAAUUCAACAAAUGAUAAUGAUGAUAAUACAAAUAAUACCGGUCAAAAAUUUAUACAAUCCAGACAAAUACCGAUGGCCAAAUUAGAAGCACGUGGUUUUGAAUAUUUGAUUCGUGGAAAUCGAACAAUAAUCGGUCGUGAUAGUUCACGUGGUAAAGUUGAUGUUAAUAUGGGACAUUCAAAUUUUAUUAGCCGUAGACAUUUGGAAAUUUAUUUUGAAUCAUCAUCAUCGAAUUUUUUUCUUACCUGUAAAGGUAAAAAUGGUGUAUUUAUUGAUGGUAUAUUUCAACGACGUGGUUCACCACCAUAUAAACUACCUCCAACCUGUGUAUUUCGUUUUCCAUCAACCAAUAUACGGCUAGAAUUUCAAUCAUUAAUUGAAAGUAAACAUCAUCAUCAUAAUCAUAAUCAUCGUCAUCAUAAUAUGGAAAAAGAUUGUCUAAAUGAUGAUAAUCAUCAUCAUCAAAAUAAUAAUAAUAAAUCAAUAAUGUUAACAUCAUCAACGACAACAACAACAAAUAGUAAUGGUCAAUCAUCAAAAUAUUAUAGUCCAUUAAAAGUAAACAUUCCGGAAAUAGCAACAAAUUUAUCAAAUAAUUCAGAUUUUGUUAGUCCAAUACCAUCACCAACCGGUACAAUUAGUGCUGCAAAUUCAUGUCCAGCAAGUCCAAGAUCAAAUUCAAUAAGAUUUCGUUUUGGUAAUCAACAUCAUCAUCAGAAUAAUAAUAAUCAAACAUCAUCAUCAUCAUCGAAUAAUAAUCAGAUACAUAAAUCUGAAGAAUUUCAUAAAAUGGUUGCAUAUGCUGCUGCUGCUGCAAUGUCUUGUAAACAAGAAGAACAACAACAACAACCAUCAUCAAAUAGUAAUAAUAGUAGUAAUAAUCAAGGUGGUAAUCAAGAAUCAUCAUCAUUUAGUGGUGGUAAUGAUUUAUUGCAACAACAACAACAACAACAGAUAAAAAAUAUUAAAGUAUUUCAUUUAUCACCGGCUACACAACAACAACAACAAACUGGAACAACAACAACUUAUCAACAACAACAACAACAAUAUGCUCAACAACAUGGUACACCAAUUAUAGCAAGUAUAUCGAAUAAUUCAUCGCAUCAAAGUAUAAUUAUUAAUCAUCAUUCGAAUGGAUCAAAUUUUUUAAAACAACAACAACAAAAUGGUCAAGCUACAAUAUUAACAACAACAACAACAACAAAUUUAGCUACAAAAUCAUCAUCAUCAGUACAACAGAAUAAUAAUAAUAAUCAAGAUAGAAAUCAAAUAAUUCAUACACCAUCACAAUCACCAUUACAUUAUUCAAUGAUGGAUACAAGUAGUGGUGCUGGUAAUGGUAAUGAUGAAGAUGGUAAACCACCAUAUUCAUAUGCACAAUUAAUUGUACAAGCAAUUGCAUCAGCAAUAGAUAAACAAUUAACAUUAAGUGGAAUUUAUACAUUCAUAACAAAAAAUUAUCCAUAUUAUCGUACGGCUGAAAAGGGUUGGCAGAAUUCAAUUCGACAUAAUCUAUCAUUGAAUCGAUAUUUUUUAAAAGUACCACGAUCACAAUCUGAACCGGGAAAAGGUUCAUUUUGGCGUAUUGAUCCAUCAUCGGAAACCAAAUUAAUUGAACAGGCAUUUAAACGAAGAAGACAACGACCAAAUACUUUGGGUGAUCAACCAUCAUCCGGUGGGGGUAGUGGUAGUGGUGGUGGUGGCCGUAAUCAUCCAAGAUCAGCACCAACAUCACCAUCACAUCAAGGUGGCCAUUAUGUAUCCGGUUUAGUUACACCAGAUUCUUUAUCACGUGAACCAAGUCCAUCACCAACACAUCAAGAAAAUAUUGAAAGUGAAAUUAUAUCAACUGGAUUUAAUGUUGGAUCAAUAGUAACACCAGCUUAUUUAACAAUACCUAAUACGGAAAAUUUUUUAAUUAAUACAAAUAGUAAUAAUAAUAAAAUUUAUUCAAGUCGUUCAGCACCAGGUAGUCCUGGUUCAAUUUCAGAAGAAAAUAUCAAUAAUAAUGAACAACAAAUAAUCAUUCAACAACAACAACAACAACCAACAUCGACAGUGAUAACGACGAUGACCAAUAAUAAUAAUAACAUUGAAACAUUUCCUAUUCAUCAACAAUUAACAUUAGCUAAUGGUACAAAGGUUAUUCUGGAUCGUUCAUCAUUAUCAACAUCAUCAUUAUCAUCAUCAUCAUCAUUACCAUCGACUACGUUUACAGUUGUACAACAACAACAACAACCAACGAUAGUAUCAUCUAAUUCAAUAUCCACAUCAUCAUUAUCAUCAGCAUCAUCAUCAUCGUCAUCAACAACAGCAACAACAACAUCGGCAAAUGCAGCAGCAACAGCUGCUGCAAUUGCAUUAACAAAUUUACAGAAUAAAUUUGAAAUGCAUUCAAUGCAACAACAACAAUCAUCGCCUUCUACAACAACAACAACAACGCAUAAAAUUGUACAACAACCUACGGUUAUUGUUCAGGCACCAUCAAAUAAUAAUAAUCAACCUUUAACUGAAUUGAAUUUAUCACGUGUUGUUAUUUGUCAGCCACCGCCGCAAUCGCAAUCAUCAACGACGACGAUUACGACCGGUAUGAAUGUUACAAAAUCAACAGCCACAGCCAAUGUUAACAGCAACAAUAACAAUUCUAUCUCAAAUUCAUUAUCAUCGACAACGACGGCGAAGACAUUGGAACAACCAACAACAGCAACAACAACAACUGGAGCAACAAGAUCUGCAAUUGAUUUAUUAACAAGUGCAGCAUUAUUAGCUGUACAACAGAAUAAUGAUGGUAAUGGUACAGAAUUAUCAUCAUCAUCAGUGAAUAGUAAUAAUAAUAGUAAACCAAUGCCAGUUUUUGUUGUUGUUACAUCUUCUGCACAAUUACCACCAUCAUCAUCUUCAUUAUCAUCAUCAUUGGCAACAGCGUCAACAAUACCUUCAUCAUCAUUAUCAUCAUCAGCAAUAACGGCCAUCAAACGAGAUUUAUCAUCAUCAACAACCAAUGUUAUUGAAAAUGAUGAUAAUGAAACAUCCGAUAAUAAAAGGAUAAAAUUGGAAGAAACAUCCAAUAAUAAUAAUAAUUCUAAUAGUAAUAAUGAUUGAAUCAAACAAAAAAAAAAGACCGAAAAUUUUUUUCAAAUUCAAAUUGCGCCGUAUCCAUCUUUUACUAAAGAAAUCAUCAUUC